AUGUCUCAUUGUUUGAGCAGCAACCAUCAUUAUUUCAUGGAGCGAGAUGUUGAUCAAUCAUCUUUGGAAGUGGAUGCAACGUAUGAUCGGUUCAGUAUGCAGUUCAAUAGUACAGCACUUGUCUCAGGAGAAGAGACCGCGGAUCCAUAUAACUCUAAUUUGAGCAAAAAGCCAGACCUGAAACUAUCGCCAAUCCUCAAUGACAGUGAUAGAAGGACGGUGUAUAGUAGGCGUAUGGCGCAAUACAAAUCUCGUGGCGAAAGUCCUCUCGUCAGAUAUGAUCCACCACACCCGCUUAGCGAUAUUUCCGAGAUUUGUGCGGAAAAGAGUGGUGAGUCAUCGUCGUUAUCUCGUUCCACUGACCAGGCGGGCAUUUCGAACAAGGAGAACGAACCGCACGGUACUUCAACUCCAGAAAGAAAUGCAAGUUUAGCACCUCAUUCACGAUCAACUAACUCAUUUGAAAGUCGUAUUCUCGAAACCCUACACACAAACACCUUCAGUCCGAGCGUAUUUGCUGUUACGGAAACUCCCCAAUCUCCUGAGGAAUUCAAAUGGUCCAUAGAAGAACUCUCGAUUCUGAAACCAGUUCACAUCACACAAGAAGAGAUUGCUCAAAGCUCCUAUUCCCCGGAUCCCGAGACCGAAGCUAAGAUACAGUCAAUACUUGAUGAGUACUGGCGUAAUAAUACAUGCCAUAUCCCGUCGCCUGAUGUUGUCGUGAAGAAUCCGAUGCUACAAGGAGCACCGGAAACUCCGCUUUGCGAUGCCGUACGGCUCCAAGCAGCAUUGCGAGUAAAGUACUCAACGUCUUCUCCAAAGGCUCGGCCUAAUCUGGCUUCAAUUUCUCGCCGUAAUAGUUUCGUUCAAUCAUACCGCAGCAAAGGCUCGCAAACAGAAGUCACGAUAGAUCCUUCCGCUGAUGUUGAUUUCUCCAAGCUUCUAGGUUUGUCAUGUAUCUAUAGCAGUGCUGAUGACUGUGAUGAUGAGUCAGUUUUUAACGCGACUGCAUCAAGUGUGGGAUCAUUACGACGAAGGCUGUUCAUUGGCGAUCACGACGCAUCCCAUGUGGAUGAUAUCGACGAGGAUCUGAAUGCCUCUUGCGCGCAGUUCGAUGACAUGGAGAACACUCAAAAUAUAGUUCGAUUCGACUUGGAUGGUCUGGGAAAUGGUUUUGAUAGAUUAAUAGACAUCGAGCUCUCUCCUAUCAAGGCAUCGCCUCCAUGUUGA